AUGACACCCAGUGCAAGAACACAUUUUUGUUCAGGAGGAAUUUCACGAAGCCGAUCUGAAGGACAUUUGGUUGACAUGGAAGCACAAAAACUCUCAAAAAGUUGCAAUAUUACAGAAUGUCAAGACCCAGGUGUACUUCUCAACUGUCCAGAAGAUUUUACCCUUCACGGCAACAUUUCCAAAGGAACAAAUCCAUUCUGGAAUGAACUGUCAGCUUCAAAUCCAUUUUUGGACGACAUAACUCGGUUAAGAAAUAACAAGAAAAGUGAUAAUAUUUCUAUUUUGAAAGAAGACCCCUUUCUAUUUUUCAGAGACCUAGAAACUGGGAAUUCUCUUGAUUCCUCUGGUGACGAACUUGAUGUCCAUCAAUUACCUAGGCAGUUUUCCUCAAGGAAAUCUGGAAGGUCUAAAAGUGUAUCGGAACUUUUGGACAUUUUAGAUGACAAAACACUUGUCCAUCAGAGUACACAUAACUCUGAUCAGAUUCUGGUGCAAGACUUAGAAUGGCUUCAAAAUGACCGAGAGGCUUAUAAAAUGGCUUGGUUGAGUCAACGCCAGCUGGCCCGCUCUUGUUUGGAUUUGGAUAUAAUCAACCAGAGCCCAGGAUGGGCCCAAACACAAGCUGCAGAGACCAUCACUGUUUGUAAAUUAAACCAUCUAGGAGGUUCAGUACAAUUACCUGGUUCAGACAUCACAGUGCACGUGCCCCAAGAUCACAUAGCUGUGGGGGAAUUCCAGGAGGUAUCCUUAAGAGCUUUUCUUGAUCCUCCACAAAGUCUGAACCAUGACCUAUCAUGCACCGUAAGCCCACUGUUGGAAAUCAAAUUAGGUAAUCGUAACACAAUGGAAGCCAUUUUGUUGGAGAUGAAAACUGGAGCCAAAGUGAGAAACGAUCCUUUUAGCCAAGUCAUGACAGAAAUUGUGUGUUUACACAGCCUGGAUAGGAAAGGACCUUUCAAAGUGUUAAACGACUGCUACAUUUAUAAAGACACCAUCCAAGUUAAAUUAACUGACUUGAGCCAAGUGAUGUAUGUUGUGGUUGCCGCGCAAAUGAAAGCUGUUCAAUCGCCAGCUGCCAUCAUUUGGAAUUAUAUCCACAAAACCAUCUCAGUUGGAAUUUAUGGACCCAAAUAUAUUCAUCCCAGUUUCACUACGGUUUUCACAGUUUGUGGACACAGUUAUAUGCCAGAAAAACUCACAAUUUCUGAUAUUAAGAGGGGUGGAAAAAACAUGUCUCCAGUUGUAUUUCAGCUCUGGGGUAAGCAUUCAUUUUUACUUGACAAGCCACAAGAUUUAAGUAUCUAUGUUUUCUCAUGUGACCCUAAUUUUGAAGUAAAGGUAGAAGAAGAAAGGAAAGAAAUUAAACAGAAAGAGUUGCAGGCAGGUGAAGUAAUUCAUCAACAAUUUUUAUUUUCUUUAGUUGACCCCAGUAAAAUGAAUUUGUUUGUUUUCAGUGUUAAAGUAGAAUCUCCAGAUGGUAGACCAAUUGCACAAUUCUCUAUCACAACACCUGAUCCAGCCCCAAACCUAAAAAGGUGCUCUAAUCUGCCAGGCCAUAUGAAAGAGGUGAAAAACUUCACAUUGGCUCCAUUAUUUCCAACAGUGCUUACUAAAUAUCCCACAUUUCAAGAUAAAAAUUUGAGCUUUACCAAUUAUGGGGUAACCCUGAAGACAGUGUUAAGACAAAACAAGAUUGACUACUUACUUGAAUAUUUCAAAGGGGACACAAUAGCUCUUCUUGGAGAAGGUAAGAUAAAAGCCAUGGGACAUUCCAAAGUGAAAGAAUGGUAUGUGGGAAUCCUCAGAGGCAAGAUUGGACUUGUGCAUUGCAAAAAUGUCAAAAUUAUUUCAAAGGAACAAGUAAUGUCUAUCUCAGAUAGUGUAUUCACAACUAGGAAUCUUCUUGAACAAAUAUCUCUGCCCUUUAAAAAUCUGACUUAUAUCUAUUCGAUUGUAUUGACCUUGGUGUCUGAAAAAGUUUCUGACUGGAAAGUUUUAGCUCAUGUCCUCGGUUAUUCACAUCUGGCGCUGGAAGAUUUUGAUCAGAUCCAAGCAGAGAUGGAAUCAGAAAAAGUUUCUUCUGUUGUAAAGAAGUUAAAGGAAGAUUGUCAUGCAGAUAAAAAUACAAGGAAGUUUCUGUAUGAACUUAUUGUGGCUUUGCUGAAAAUGGAUUGUCAAGGGUUAGUAGCACGCCUCACCAAAGAGGUUAUUAUUCUAACUUCUGCUGUCAAGCUUGGGAAAGGUUGGAGGGAAGUAGCUGAAAAGUUAGUAAGACUCACAAAGCACCAGAUGGAAGCAUAUGAAAUUCCUCACCGAGGAGAAGCUGGGACCGUUGCUGUUGAGAUGAUGUGGAAACCAGCCUACGAUUUUCUGUAUACUUGGAGCGCUCACUAUGGAAGCAGCUACAGAGACGCAUUACAAGACCUUCAAUCAGCUGUGGACAGAAUGAAAAAUCCUGUGACCAAGCAGUGGCGUGAUUUAACAGGAGCUUUAAUACUAGUAAAUUCUCUAGAGACUUUGAGAGCAACUGCAUUCUCUACUUCUGAGGAAGUAUAG